CUAGGAGAGUAAAAAUGUCAUAGUCGGUUUACGAUUAACGAAGUCGUUUUAACCCCCUCAAUAUAAACCUAGACCACCUGUUUUCACCCUCUUCGUUCAAACUACGCAGGAAAAAAAUACACCCAAAAACUUUCAAUUUCUAGGGUUUAUACUUUCAAUUCCAGAUUACUAUUUUUGCAUUUCAUCCCCAAAUUAGCUCAUUAAAAACCUCUAAUUUUUCGUUGUUAAUGGAAAUUUAGGGUUUCCUUUCUUUUGAAUUGUCCUAAAGAAUCCGCGAUUUUUUGGUUGUAGAAGAGAGGGAGGAGAGAGAAAGUGAUUCGUAAUGCAGACGGAAGCGAGGGUAGGUGUAGUUGUAGAUGGAGGACAAAGAGAUGGAUGUGCGCGUAAAUACGUACAGGUGAAGCAACAGCAACAAGCCCAAAUUAGCACGAUUUCUCAGCUUCUCGCCGGUGGAAUUGCCGGAGCCGUUAGUAAAACUUGCACCGCGCCGCUUGCUCGUCUCACCAUUCUCUUUCAGGUGCAAGGCAUGCACUCAGAUGGCGCAACAUUGAGGAAAGCUUGCAUUUGGAGGGAGGCUUCACGAAUUAUUAACGAGGAAGGAAUAAGAGCCUUUUGGAAAGGGAACUUGGUUACAAUAGCACAUCGCCUUCCUUAUUCUGCUGUCAGUUUUUAUUCAUACGAGCGAUACAAGAAUCUUCUGCAGUCAUUUCCCGGAUUAGAAAGUACUAGUGAAAAUAUAGGUGCACAUAUCUUUGUGCGUCUGUCAGGUGGCUUUUUAGCUGGAGUAACAUCUGCAGCUGCUACUUAUCCUCUAGAUUUGGUGAGAACACGGCUUGCUGCACAAACAAAUGUGACAUAUUACAAAGGUAUAGGGCAUUCGCUACGUACCAUAAGUAAAGAAGAAGGUUUGCUUGGUCUUUAUAAAGGGAUUGGGGCAACACUUUUGAGUGUGGGGCCAAACAUAGCAAUCAGCUUUACUGUGUACGAGACCUUGAGGUCUCAGUGGCAGUUGAAAAGGCCUCAGGAUUCCGUUGUGCUUGUGAGUCUUGCUUGUGGAAGUAUUUCUGGCGUUGCGUCAUCCACUGCAAUUUUCCCCAUUGAUUUGGUAAGAAGAAGGAUGCAAUUGGAAGGAGCUGGUGGUCGUGCACGUGUAUACAACACGGGUAUUAUAGGUACAUUUAAGCAUAUCAUCCGGUCAGAAGGAUUAAAAGGACUGUACAGAGGGAUACUCCCGGAGUUCUACAAGGUUGUCCCCAGUGUAGGCAUUGUUUUCAUGACGUACGAGACAAUGAAGAAGCUUUUGUCGAAUAAUUCUGUAGAGUAGUAGCUUUCCUGGUGGAUACAAAAAAUCCGGAAGGAUGUAUUCAGAUUGACAUAGAAGUUUUCUCAUUGAUGCCAUUAUCACUCUUUUCCCUUGGCCUAGACUGGUGGCAAAUUUUGCUUCUGUCACCCUUAGAAAUUUUACUUGUAUACAACAUUGAAAAUGUUUAUUAAUGUCAGAAGGUUGUGGGAGAUAUGCUCAUCUCACUUUCUCUAAUAUUUCAUUCUGUUUGUUUGUAUAUGGUACUUUUAAACACUUUCUCUGUAGAGUUUGUAAAGAAAAAUAUUUUGUUA